AUGUGAAGUAAGAUAUAGCGUUACAUGAACGCCAACCAGAAUAGACCAGCUUUACAGUCCAAUGGUCAUCUCGCACAGCACAGGUGUAUCAAACGUACAAUGUACACCUGGCAUUUAAAUGAUUGAGCUUUCGACCUGUGCCAAUGUUUAUAAGUACACUUAUAGAGGUUAGGACGAGGGACAGGGACAAGAUGGGAACCCGAUUCAUGGAUAUCGAGUUCCAACGGCCCAGUCAUGACACAGCGAAGCAGAGGGAACACCAUGACUACUUCCUACAGCCUUUUCAAGAAAAUGACGACUAUGACUCAGACUCUUUAGACUCAGAAGAUAGCUUUGAAGACACUUUGUUUUACCCCAUAUUAAGUGUUCCUGGAAGUAACGGACAGAGUAUCGCAGUCUGGUCACACCUAAAGUUUGAAAGCAUUGCCAUAUUCUCGCCCAGUUCUGGUGACACCAUGCAGAAGAUUGUGAAGUAUGCCGAGCAGAACUUAUCAUAUCUACGAGACCAGCAUAAGCUGAUGCUGCUUGCUCCCGGUCAGGUGACACCUGUAGACAUUAAAACGGUGUACAAUGUGCGGCCCGGAUCAGUCAUUAUGAUCCUGCCAGAUUCUUGUACCUUUGUCACAGUAGACAUUGGUCAGAUGAAGGCCAGUUUUACGCUCACUGUAGAUGUGACAAUGACCGUCUACAAAAUCAAAUCUCUAGUGAAGAAGAUGAAAGGAAUUCCGAUAGAUCGUCAAGAAAUUCUUUACCGGGAGAAGGCUCUGGAGAAUUCUCGCCGCUUAUUAGAGUAUCGAGUCAUCAACAAAUGUACGCUGUAUGUCAUGAUACAGGCCCAUUUUGACUUACUGGUUAACAUAGAGACAUUCUGGGGUAAAACCUACAGAUUCUAUGUAGAUCCCUGCUGCACAGGUACUGACAUCAUAUACAUGGUGUUUAAUCGCACAUUUAGUUGUGGCGGACCAGAGGAUGCUGGGAUACAUGAACUAUAUGUACCAAUCCAUAUGCUUGUACUUCAGUACAAGGGUAGCUGUGUCAAAGCUGACUUCUGUCUGGCAUAUCUUGGCAUACACACGGGUGAGACCCUCACCUUGACGACAGUCGGUCACCGUAGUAACCUCAAUCUCCAGUCUAUUUCCGUGGUGACAGAGUCAGGACAGAGGUACGGCAUUACAGUGUCUCAGUAUGAUAGGUGGUCCAUCCUUGCUUUCAUGCUUCAUGGUUUGACAAAUGUACCAGUUGACCUUGUACGACUGUACAAGGACAAUCAGCGGAUGGAACUUUCCUCUGUGAUUGGAGACCUACCAAACAACACGGUCAUCAUGAUGAAUAUUGUGUUGACUCACAUGGACACCGAUCUGGUGUUUGGCAUGCCUCUACGGGUGAAUCUUGGAAAUGGCAUCAUUGAGAACAUUCGGGUUGCCCCAAACAAACAUGUCAGGUCGGUCAAGAAGAAGUUGGAGCGACUUGGUGUGCCUAACGCCACGCAGUAUGAGCUCGUGGUUGGUAAAAGGAGACUUCCCAACAAAGCAUCAGUCCAACGUGUGGUGCUUGAUGUCACAUCCCCACUCUUUCUCCAACUCAACACAUUUCCUGUUUUCGCCCACACUCCUGAUGGAGUUAUAUACAAAACAAAUACAAAUACUUGCCAAACCAUUGGAGAAUUCAAAAAGAAAAUUCAAGCAAAAUCCUCACAUCCCAUGACAUCUUGUCGUAUAAUAAUGGCAGGAGAAGAAUUAAUUGGCCAGGACACAAGUAACCUUUAUGAAGCCGGGGUCAAUGUCAGAUCGUCUCUGUUCAUCAAAGCCAGUCAUAGUACACACUGUUUUUUCAUCAUAGGAAAUAACUGGAUGGUGAAGGUCCGAGUUCCAGUGAGACCAACGUCUGACGACAUUCGCCAGAGUGUCUGGGACACCAAGAAAGUCCCUGAGUGCAGCAUUAACUGUAUACUAACACUUCUUCACUGGUUCUACAUGCCUCGAAUGUCAGGCAAAAACACUGUUCCAGUCCAACGCCGGAUAAAAAAAAGAAUGCCUAUUGUAAGGGAAAGUCUGAUUCCAAUGGGAGAAAAUGAACUCGCCAUGGAAACAGAUUCCUUGCUUGAAAAAAGAAAAGACAAGAUUCAUCUAUCAUGUUUGUCAGCCACACAUUCCGUUCAUUCCAAGGAAGAGGAUUUUACUUCAAGGCUAAACAACAGCACUGCAGCAAGUGGUUUUAUUCACCCUAGUGUUCACCCCCAGUUUGAACCGACACAGUUCCUAGAUCACAAGGAUCAAAACACCACAUCUCAGGACAAGAGAAAGCCACAUGCGAAUUAUAGGAAAGAUAGCAACAACUCUAAUCUUAUCUCCAGAUCAAAGAACCCACCAUGGAUGGGGGAACUUCAACGUAAAAAUAAAACUAACCGCCUCAUCUUGUCAGACUUUGACAACAGACCAGAUUAUAUGUUUAGCACUUCAAAAAAGAAGAAGCCUCAUUUUGAGACAAGGAGCAUCCCUGAACAUCUACCAGACAUUCUACAAUGUAAUCCAAACAGGCAUAACCACCCCCUUCGCUACAAGGGCGUUAGCCCUCACCAAAACUCACACAUCCAUCGCAGGACGGGAUCAGAGGGUGAUGAAAGAGAGAAAGCUGUUCUCACAAGACCAUUCCAGCUAGUGGACCUCAGCCCUAAACGCAAACGGCGAGUUUAAUACGGGAAAAGGUCUAUCAGAGGGUGAACACAUUUAAAA